AUGUCUAAACGGACCGAUAGGGAGGGUGGUUGCGGCGCUAAGAAAACUAAUGCGUCCGUUGCGCGUGGCACUGGGCUGAAAAAAGUGGCGGCAAAGAAGGUCGCGCCGGAUCAAGAGAAGUCCGGCAGGAAGGAGGCAGACAACGGGAAGCAACCAAUGCCACGCAAGCGUGUUUCUACAGUGAACAAAGAUGCGGAUGUUGCCUCAACUGGAACCACGCCCGGUCCAACUAACGACGGCACCAGUGGCGGCAACGAACAUCCGGGGCAAGGGAGCGCGAGUCUUGCAGUCCCGUCGGUGGAGAGAGAGGGAUCGGCGACUGGGGGAAACCACGGAGGCGAUCCACGCGCCGAGCAUACCGCAACCAAGGAGUCCGAGGCGGAGGCAUCUCAACACCAUCUGACGCUGCUCCAGCCGACCGUGGUCGAAAUUUCUGCUGCCGUGCUGGAUAAGGACAAGGUGGGGGAGCACGAGUCGAUGGAGGAUCCUAACCACGGCAUAGCCGACGUCGGUGGCUCUCCUCCUUUUGGUGGACGGGGGAGACGUAGGCAGAGGAAGAGCAAUGAGGAGGACGAUUCUGACACCGCCGUGCCCGGGGACAUCACCACGCGGGCGAAGAGGCGGCAGACGACAGGCAGUGCCGACGACGCCGGUGGCGCGGAAGUUGGGAGAACGCGAGGCGCCAGUGAAGCUAGUGGCAAAGCGACGGGUCAUGCAUUGCGCCAAAAGGGCCAACCCGCAGCAAGAAAAACAUUCGGCGGAAGGAGGGACAAGAAACGGGGUCGUGAAGACCCUGGUGAGGCCGAGGAGGAGGAUGCGCAGGAAGAGGAGGAUGAAGAGGAUGCGGAGGAGGAUGACGCGGAUGUUGGGGAGGAUGAAAAAGAUGAGAAUGAUGGUGGGGAGGACGAAGAGGGGGAGGAGGAGGAGGAGGAGGAGGAGGAGGAGGAGGAGGAGGAGGAGGAGGAGGAGGAGGAGGAGGAGGAGGAGGAGGAGGACGAUGAGGAGCAUGAGGAGGAGGAGGAGGAGGAGGAGGAGGAGGAGGAGGAGGAGGAGGAGGAGGAGGAGGAGGAGGAGGAUGAUGAUGAGGAGGAGGAGGAGGAGGAGGAGGAGGAGGAGGAGGAGGAGGAGGAGGAGGAGGAGGAGGAGGAGGAUGAGGAGGAGGAGGAGGAGGAGGAGGAGGAGGAGGAGGAGGAGGAGGAGGAGGAGGAGGAAGAGCAGGGGGACGACGAGGAGGAGGAUGAACAGGAGGAGGAGGAGGAGGCAGAGGAGGAGGAGGAGGAGGAAGAGGGGGAGGAGGAGGAGGACGUGGCGGCAGUGAAGGGACGGGGUGGGCAUGGCAGACGGCAGAGUGGUACAGGGAAGGUGGGGGGCCGGACUCGCCAUUCCCGAAAAUGCGGGGCAUUUGACGCCGCGCACGGCGCAGCAGCUGGCAGACCGAAGGCGCGUAAGGUGAAGGUCGAAAGUGAAGGGGGUGGUAAAAAGCAAGGGCGCCAGGGAGCAAAAAGGGAUGGAGGAGGUAAGGGUGGCAGCGCCAAAGGGGUUCCAUUGGGUACUGGCAAGAAAGAACCUGCCGGUGAAAUUGCGGAGCACGAGCAGUUUGUUACACGGGAGGAGUUCCACGCGUUGCGGUCUGAGAUGUACGCCAUGUUUGCCCAGCUCGGCAUGCGUCGUGGAGUACCUGCCAGUUAUGCCGGGGGUUUCGCAGCCGCGCCUAUGGCUGGUACCCCGCCGCCGAUGAGUGCCGUGGACAAUGCACGAGUGCUAGUGUUGUAG